AUGAAGUAUCGCACCCCGUCGCGGGCUUCCACGGCGUGCUUUCGCUCUUUCGAAGAAUCUGCGAGGAAGGGGCGACAUCCGUUGAGCGCGCAUCUUGCAGACGCGCGGGACGUAUUUUUCGUCUCUGGCGGCAUAGGGGCUGCUGGGGUGGAGGGUCGUGUGGCGCGGCGCGCCGCGAGCAGCGCGAGAGGGAGGCAGACAGACAGGCAGGCGGGCGUGCGUGCCGCGCCCGCAAGGCAGGAGCCGCUCCGCCCCCGCUCCCGGCCGCUCGAGCCGCCGCCACUGCCACCCCGCUCCUGCCGGGAGAAGGCGCAUAAGCAGAACGAGCAGCACCAGCGGCCAUCCUGGCAAAAGCUGCUGCGGGAGGAGGACAACAAGUACUGCGCGGACUGCGAGCCAAAGGGUCCAAGAUGGGCCUCUUGGAACACUGGUGUUUUUAUUUGCAUCAGAUGUGCGGGAAUACAUCGAAAUCUUGGGGUCCAUAUAUCAAGGGUCAAGUCUGUCAACUUGGAUCAAUGGACACCAGAACAAAUACAGUGCAUGCAGGAAAUGGGAAAUACUAAAGCAAGACUACUCUAUGAAGCUAAUCUGCCAGAGAACUUCCGAAGACCUCAAACAGAUCAAGCUGUGGAGUUUUUCAUCAGGGAUAAGUAUGAAAAGAAGAAGUAUUAUGAUAAAAAUGCAGUCAAUGCCUUCAAUAUAUCAUCAUCUGAUGCUGCUCAGCCUUUGGCAUCCUCUCCUUCUCUGCAAGCUGCUGCUGAGAAGAGCAAAGCAGAGAAGGAAAAAGAAAAAAAGAAAGAAGAGAAAAAGAGAGAGAGAGAAUCAGAAAAACCAUCAAAACAGUUAACAGCUGAAAAACCACAGAAGAAAGAGGAUCAGCAAUCAGAAGCUAAAGCAAGUCCAAAAAAGUCAUCAGAACCCACUAUUGACCUUUUAGGACUUGAUGGUCCAGCUGAAGCAUCUGUUACAAAUGGAGGCACUGCUGCUGUCACAGCACUGAAUGAUGACCUGGAUAUCUUUGGCCCAAUGAUCUCUAAUCCUUUACCAGCAACUGCUGUACCUCCUGCUCAGAGCACUUCCACUAAACCAGCAGCUGCUACCUUGUCUGCGGCAUCCGGGGAUCUUGAUCUAUUUACUGAGCAAACAACAAAAUCCGAAGAGUCAGCAAAGAAACAACUCUCCAAAGACUCCAUUUUAUCACUGUAUGGCACAGGAACCAUGCAGCAGCAAAAUGCUCCAGGUAUGUUUAUGGGGUCAUCUUCUAUGCCAUUUACCACACAACCAUCAACUCACUUUCAAGGCUUUCCAGCCAUGGGAGUUCCUGUGCCAGCAGCAACUGGGAUGAUGGGAAACGUGAUGGGACAAUCGGUGCCAGUCAUGGGACAGAGCACAGGCGUGAUGAUAGGAAUGGGAAUGCCCAAUGGAUUUACUGGUACUGCACAAACUGGUGUGAUGGGACUUCCUCAAAAUGUCGUUGGACCUCAAGGUGGAAUGGUGGGACAGAUGGUCACACCACCACAAAAUAAGUAUGGAUUGCAACAAAACCAACAAGCUCAAUGGAACCUCUCUCAGAUGAAUCAGCAAAUGGCUGGAAUGAACCUCAGCAGUUCCAGCAACGUGAUGGGCUUUGGCCAGCCCCCCAGCACAGCGGCAGGAUGGACUGGAAGCUCCUCUGGCCAGACUCUCAGCACACAACUGUGGAAAUGAAAGUUGCAAUAGAAGUCUCUCCCAGAACAGCCACCUAACAUUCCUUGUUCAAAUGCAUUUACUUUUGCUGUUCCUUCCAUGUACAUAUAUAUUCUUUUUUUUUUUCCCAGCUGUUCAGAUUAAGAAUAUAACUGACUGACCGUGUUGUGGUCUAUAUUGAUUU